UCAGUUUCCAAUUUCUCAACAAUCUUAAAACCAUUCUUUCAACCGUGAUCAAGAUGCAGAUCUUCGUUAAGACUCUCACCGGAAAGACUAUCACCCUUGAGGUGGAAAGCUCUGACACCAUCGACAACGUUAAGGCCAAGAUCCAGGACAAGGAAGGCAUUCCUCCGGAUCAGCAGAGGUUGAUCUUCGCCGGAAAGCAGUUGGAGGAUGGCAGAACCCUUGCUGACUACAACAUCCAGAAGGAGUCGACCCUUCAUCUUGUUCUCAGGCUUCGUGGUGGUAUGCAGAUUUUUGUCAAGACUUUGACUGGAAAGACUAUCACUUUGGAGGUGGAGAGCUCUGACACCAUCGACAACGUGAAAGCCAAGAUCCAAGACAAAGAGGGUAUCCCUCCGGACCAGCAGAGGUUGAUCUUCGCCGGAAAGCAACUUGAAGAUGGCAGAACUUUGGCUGAUUACAACAUUCAGAAGGAGUCUACACUUCACUUGGUCUUGCGUCUGCGUGGAGGUAUGCAGAUCUUCGUGAAGACUCUCACCGGAAAGACCAUCACCUUGGAGGUAGAGAGCUCUGAUACCAUUGACAACGUGAAGGCCAAGAUCCAGGAUAAGGAAGGCAUCCCUCCGGACCAGCAGAGGUUGAUCUUCGCCGGCAAGCAGCUGGAGGAUGGCCGCACCUUGGCUGACUACAACAUCCAGAAGGAGUCGACCCUUCACUUGGUCUUGCGUCUACGUGGUGGUAUGCAGAUCUUUGUCAAGACUUUGACCGGUAAGACCAUCACCCUUGAAGUGGAGAGCUCAGACACCAUUGACAAUGUGAAGGCCAAGAUCCAGGACAAGGAAGGCAUUCCUCCAGACCAGCAGCGUCUCAUCUUCGCUGGAAAACAGCUUGAGGAUGGCCGCACCUUAGCUGACUACAACAUCCAGAAGGAGUCGACCCUUCACUUGGUGCUAAGGCUUCGUGGUGGCAUGCAGAUUUUCGUGAAGACUCUGACCGGGAAGACUAUCACGCUGGAGGUGGAGAGCUCUGACACCAUUGACAACGUGAAGGCCAAGAUCCAGGAUAAGGAAGGUAUCCCUCCGGACCAGCAGCGUCUCAUCUUCGCUGGAAGCAGCUUGAGGAUGGUCGUACUUUGGCCGACUACAACAUCCAGAAGGAGUCGACCCUUCACUUGGUCCUUCGUCUCCGUGGUGGCUUUUAAAACUUGUCUCCUCUUACCUUGUAAUGCCCGUAAUGAAUAAUUGAUGAAGUAUGUUUCCGUUCUUUUGUCUCUCCUUUCUUUCUAUAAUGACAAAUUGAAGUAUUGUACUUCUUCACCUCUUGGAUUAUCCUGCGAGUGUCUUUUCUAUGUGCUUCGUUUGCUUAAUAAGCCUGAAAAUUAACGUGCAAAACUUGUAAUAGCAGAUGUUUUUAAUGGUUGGAUA